AUGGACGAACUACUGCAGACACAUUUUCCCGAGGAACCGUACACCUCAACUUGGUCUGAUAAAUGUCAUCUUUCUGAUGAUCUCGCCAGCGAAGCAGAUUAUCAAGACCUGGAAAAUAUACUCGCUAUGUCACAGACUCGCCUGGAUCUCGACCUCGAGGCUUGUUCUCCAGCCAGCAGCGGGCCUCAAAGCCCACAAUUAUUGCCUGAUUCCAACGAGCAUAUAAGCGACGAUGACCUUAUCAAGCUACCUAUAAGAGAGCUGAACAAACGGAUCCGGCAUCUAUCGAAAGAGGAGGUGAAGAAAAUUCGAAAACGGCGAAGGAGUCUAAAGAAUCGUGGUUACGCCACGAGCUGUCGACAGCGACGUGUGGCGUUAAAGGAUUCUCUAGAGACCCAAAACCAACGCUUGAAGGCGCAACUUCGUGAGGCAAAGGAAAAACUUAACAUUGCAAUAAAGGACAGAGACAUAUACAAGGCAAAAUGUGGACAAUUACAAGACAUUUUGUUGAAAGUACGGUGCAUGCCACAUUCUUAACAAGUGUUCCGUCAAGCUGUUUGUACACGAUGAAGUAGGCCAAACUUCGGGUCGAGAAAGGAAAUAUUUUGCAGGACAUAACGCCGCUAAGGACAAAUAUUGAAUUGCUAUGAAAAUCGUAUUGACGACACCAAUAGGAUCGGUGACUAAAGAUAAUUAUGACAUUUAAGAUGACUUUAUUAUGAUGUUAUUUCUGUGCAUGGCGUAGAACUGAAGAAAAAAAUUGGUCUCCCCUUCUGGAGCGUUGUACACAUUCACGUACAUAAUAUUAUAAGUUAUUUAACUGUAAAUUUUUGAAAAGGAAGAAACCUUCAAGCUCGUUUCGGCACUGUUAUUAAAAUGAUACACCUCAGGAUUUUGUAUUUUUCAAGAUUUUACUUUAUAUUUCAAAACGAUGGUUUAUAUUUUCACCUUGAAAUUCAUGUAUAAUGUUAUUGUUGGUUUAUAUUGAUUCCUUAAUUCGUCUGUUUCCUGCUCUCUAAGUCAAACCCAAAGCCAUUAUCUAAUUUAAUUGAACUUAGCGUACAGGCAAUUUAUCGGUGUAAUGUAUAAAGAUUUAAGUCGAGAAAGAAUUAUAAUGAAAGCGCGGCAGUUUAAAUCGCGCGAGAUGUGGUUAUCAGAUCCUAUAUUAAAAUAAUGUUAACCCUAGCAUGCUGCUGAUGGGUGUAGCAUGAAGUUAUUUUCUCAUGUUUUCGUAACGGAAAAUAGAGCAAUAGAUACACACGGGACGGGUGAAUCGUUUUAUUGAAAACUCGCUAAGUAGGGCCAAGGGUGAAUUAUUUCUCUGAAUGUUUAGGCGUUGCUCGUGAUGGAGUUAGGAGCGCUACUGAACUAGAUGGUGAGUCUCGGGGCUAUUUUAGAGUUAGAUUAUUUUUGGAUUUAGGGCUGAGACCAUCACUUUUAGGUAUGUGGUUGAUGUAAGGGUUUUGGCCAGCGCAUAAGUACAUUGAUGUAAUUAAAAGGCGAGAUAUUUUUAUAAACAACAUUUCACUGUCUUCGUUUAAAGCUUUAUUGUUCAAAGUGUUUUGUGUGAUUUAAUAUAUGUUGUUUGCAUCUAGCUGAAGCUUAGGAAAUGAUGAAGUGUUAGUCUAAACUUCUGCGAAAGUAAAAUCCUGUUGUACAUUAUUUUCCUGUGGCAUUCAUCUGCAGUCUUUCUUCAGCGCGGUUGUUAUUGCUACACACACACAAUCCAUUCUGUAAACCUUCACGAGCACACGAAGUCGGCGAUGAAGAGAUGUCGAGCAGGCUUUUCUUCGAUGUUACCCAUUUCGUAAUUUUUCACCACAAGGAAGUGUGUUUCUCUCUCAUAGGCUUCCAAUUUAUUGCGAGCGAGAAGGGUGAAAUGGAUGGGUGUGCCAAUCUUUCCACCCUUUCGAGCACGAGGUUUUCGUGGAAUUCGCUCCCGAUUUUCUCAGAAGUCAUUGAUGCAAAUGUCAUAGCGGGCUAAUACAAAACAAAAUAUAGUAUAUUCCGUGCUAAAGAUACUUACUAAACGUAAACCAGAAAGGAAACGUAAAAGAUUUCUUCAGCCUUGGUGGCUCCAAAACCUUGACAAUGGCGACAAAAAAACAAAAGGUCAAGACCAUACAUUAUUCGGGCAAGCUUGAACAUAAUUUGUUGACAACCUCAGUGUGCAAGUCACGCAAUAUGGAGUUUAAAUUUGCAUAUUUAUAAAGCAUGAUAAAACAGUUUUUAAUAACACGGCGAUCGUAGCUACAUACAGGAGGAAUUACUCUCCACUGCAAGAUAUUUUUUGUUCAAACUUUCUAAAAGAACGCCGAACAAAUUUGUCGCGUGUUUACAGUGAAUUAGUAUUAGGCCAGAGGUCAAAGAUUGUAAAUUUCAGGAAUGCUUUAUCACGAGAUAGUUCAGAAAAGUAUUUGUCGGUUUUUUGGAUACCAAAGAGACUGACUUGCAUGAUUUUAUUUUUAAGGAUUUCCGCAAAUAAAGGAAAAUGAAGUAGUUCAUUCGAAGCGAAACGCCGGUCACACGACCACCGACAUUGCGAGAAAGUUUUGACGUCAUCUCAUACAAAACAAGCAUGUAUCAUCAUUUUGAAUUCCGAACCAUCGAUCACGCCAUUGAGAUGAACAAGAGUUAAUCGCUGCAAGCUAUGGUGAGUGACCUUUAUCAGCAAUCGCAAGGAAAGGUAAUGCUGCUGAACUUCAAAACAAAAUUUUUUUAGUAAAGAUUUCGUCGGCACGUAAAAUUACAAUCAAACUGACUGUAUUAUUUUUAUCAGUACUAACAUGGUCAUGUGACUGUGCCGGGCCAUUUGUAUGGAGUAUAAAAUAUCGAAAAACAUUUUUUACGGAAUCUAAUAAUGAUCGUAUAAAGUGACAAUCAUCUCAUCUUAUUCUGUUAAUUCACUUUAAAGUCAAGUGGAGUGAAUAAGGGGAAAUAAUCAUUCUUAUUAACUCAUUCACCGCUUUCUUCUGUUUAAUGUUUCUGGUUAUACCAAUGUCAGGCGAUUUGCUUAGUCGAAAUGGGAAAAACCCCUGUACAAUAAAUCGAGCGUCACCUUUAUAAAAAAUGUUUGUUAUGGGACAAGGCGGGAAAAAAAAAUUCUUGUUGAAAUAUUUUCUUAAGCAGAGAGAAAUUCACUGUUCAACAUCCAUAACAAGACAACAAGGACAAAAGCAACCUACAAUGUUCACGGACCCGCGGGUUAAAACUAAAGUGAACGAAAGUUGUUCGGACAGUUUUCUAGCGCUACGACUACAAAAAAUGCCGUGAUUUGCUGUGAACAACAGGGAACAAUAAGAUAUCAUGCAAAAAUUAGAUUUCACGUGUUUUUAGUGACGAUUCAGCAGAUAUUUUUUUCGUGAAAGCCAGAAAGGGCUGCAGCUAGUAGGAGUGUCUCGUAAAUGGCACACAAUUUUCCUUUCGGGGCGUUCCAACAGUGAAAACGAAAUUUACCCUUCAGAAAGUCCCAAGUAACUCGGAUUCUUUACUCGGAAAUGCUGAGCAAGCAUUUAACGAUAUGAAAUUUCGGGAAAAUGUCAGUGAAAAGUAGUUGAAAUAAACAAACUUUUAAUACACUUUGGAUCGUUUGUCUUUCGCUUUUUUUUUGAUCAAGCAAUUUAGUUCCAUUUUCCUUCGUAAGUUCCACUGAUCUCUGACUGGUCGCUCUGGAAUUAUCGACCAGCUAAAUAUACUAGUUUGGGUUCCCUGUGCAUGACUGUGGCUGUACUGCUCAGGCUGAAAUUUGUAGUGAAAGGUAAUAAAUUGCUAUGUUUCUCGUAACUUGAAUGGGAAAUGAUACUGGAAUAAGGGGCAUAUGUUAAUGACGAGACUGCUGUAAAAGAAGAUUCGCCUAUGCGUUUGACGGCAUCUGUCCUUUUAGGCACCGUCCAAUACACCCUCGAUGUAAGAGAAACCAGAUGUCAUUUAUACUCUCAGAUCAGGUUAUAUUCAAAAAUGGUGCAUAAUUAAGCAUAUUUUUUGUUUUUACUUGCUGGGGGUUUUCCCCAUGUGAAUUUUCGAACCUUCUGGUGACAAAGUGAAAUUAUAAUGAGUUAUAAAAAAAUUUGGCGAAAAUUAUCGCUACUGCUUCAGCUGACGGGUCUACCUUGGUUAAAUAUGUUAUUAUUAUUAUUAUUAUUAUUAUUAUUAUUAUUAUUAUUAUUAUUAUUAUUAUUAUUAUUAUUAUUAUUAUUAUUAUUACAUUGUUGGACUGGGGAACUGAAUCAAGCUUUGCGGAAUGGGUUCGAAUGUUGGUUCUGAAAAAUCACGACGCCAUCUGUACUUUCGAACUACGAAUACUUCGAUUCUGUCUUGACCAAUCCAAUUGAAGCUUUAGAUACUGUUUACAAGCACUAAACACACCUCAAACCACAUUCUCGGUGGUUUUAUGUCCUUUGUGAUUGGCUCUUUUGUUUUUCCGCCGACGUUGCCCUAACAUUCCAGAGAUAAUUUUGGUGUUUACGGUUUUCCUAGCCCGAAAGAAUAAUAUAUGUGAAUGUGGUAAACUUUAAGUAGGUUCACACUAAAGUUAAUCGCCCUGUGACAUGGAAGUGUUAACCCGGGGGGUGGGGGGUGGUAUCACAAAUGUAGAGCGCUCAUCGAGAGUAAUCACGAUCCAGUCUAAAAACAGAAACCCGCCCUUUUUAAGACGCUACAUGGUGAAAUUGUUUACCUUGUUGAAAGAAACAAACCCGGCUGAAAACCAUACCUAUUUCGGUGGCAACCGCACCUACCCGUUUGAGCAAAAUAAGCGAGUGCCCCCCCGGGUGUUAAAUAACUCUAAUAUUAAUUUUAAUAGCUUGUUAUAAACCAGCCCCACCUUACAAAUGGUCAAGCCUGGAGCAGAUUCCGCUGAUCUUACAGCACUUCUUCUCAGUAACAUCUCAGAACUAAAUUCAAAAACAGAAAGUAUAACCUUUAAGCUAAUGUUGUAACGUUUCUUAGGAAGUCUAUCAUGUGCCAUAUAUUGUGCCUUAAUUGUAAUUGCGCUAAAUUUCUGUUAUAUAAUAAGUUCUAAAACCCAUAAAGCAGUGCGAAGUAGGCCGCUUGUGAAUUCUAAGAAAAAAUAGCUGGGGAUUCCCCACUAUGUUCAGGUUCUUGAUUGGGUCAAAGGAAAGGAAAAUUAUAUUUCAGGACUGUUUACUGAAGUGCAAAGUCAUUGCUUGUUUCGUUUAGCUGCUGUGUCUCUAAAGCAAUUUUAACGCAAGUUUUAGCCUUCAGCCUAGCUUUCUAAAAAUGGAAGAAGAUUGUUUCGAUAUGUUGGACGAAAUUUUCACUGAAGAAACACGAAAUCUUCUCUUCUGUUCUACGUGGACGAAAGGUUCUUGCGGCGACAACAUGGCCGUCGGUGACGAUGCGGAAGAUAUUCAAGCUCUUUUCAAUGGCGAAGUGAACCCGGAAACAGAAAAUAACGAUGAUGAUGACGAUACGUCUUUGGAAUCCGAGAGCGAGAUGUGGAGUCCUCGUAAAUCCAAAGAAAUCAGCGAUGAAGAAAUAAAAAACCUGCGGGUAAAAGAACUCAAUAAGUUACUGCGAAACAUCCCGUUGGACGAGGCAGCCAAGAUACGAAGACGACGACGGAAUUUGAAAAAUCGAGGCUACGCCUUAACCUGCCGUCAAAGGAAACAGCAAGAACAUGAAACUCUCAUAAACGAGAACACUUCGUUGAAAAAGGAGUUGGAAGAGGGCAAAAGGAAGUUGCUUAAAGUGCUGAACGAGAAGGAGGCGUAUAAGAAAAAGUAUUUGCAAGCCCAACAAGCUUUGAACGCUUACAAGAGAAGAAUGGAAACUUCAGUGAUGCUGCCUUGUCGCUAAACGGUUUUGUUUUCUCUUCCAGUUUCUAAUCCGACUACUUCAACCCAAAAACAGAUAAGCUGUAAAUACGUGAUCGUCAGCCAUUGUUUGGGUAGAGAGCUUUCUUCACGGUCAAUAACAUCGAUGUUUUGCAUCGGAGAACGUAAAUCUUUUAGAGCUGAGGCUUAAUCAAAUUUCCAAUAAUAGGUCUGGAUACAAAAAAGCCGAUUGAUUUCUGAAAAAAUAGCCCAAGCUUGAUCUUAUUAAGGCAUAUGUCCAUUCUAAACUGGGUAAGUCUGUACUCGUACAAAAAAAUGCUCAUGCAAGACUAGAGGAUUGGAUUGUGUUUUAGAAGAGGGGACUGUGAGCUGUGAAGAACAGAUGAACUUGAAAAGCUUGAGUUCAAAAAUUCAAGGUAAAGUAAAAUUAUGGGCGGUAAACUUAAUUGUUGGUGGUGCUUUAUCAAAAUUCCAUCAAUUUUUCCCAGAUAUCAUUGUCGAUGUAACAGAACAUGUGUAGAAGGUGACAACAAAAGUGAUAAAGCGUGACUUUUUGAAUAACCAAGAAUAACCAGGAUAUUUUGCUAGAUAUAAUUUAUAUACUACCUGCGCUUUCGAAAAUGACUGUAUUUAAGAGAAAACGCAAAAUAUUCAAUAAAAUUUAUCCCGAUUUAGGAAAGGAGACACGCUCAUGAAUUUUUACCUUAAAACUGAUCCAACCCCUUACCAAUUGACGAUAAAUCGAAAUUGCUUUCUACAUUGAUAUCUAUAAUCCACUCCGCUUUUCAUUGCCCAGUAAAUGAUUUUUGCGUAAAAUACACUUGGCGUAAGCUCCGUGUAUGGGAGUUGGUGUCAACAGCUAAGAAUGCAGCCGAAUAAAUGAGGGGAAAGCAUAGGUCCUUCGCCGCAUUUUCAACAUACGACACGUCGCAAUUUUAGUACGUCCCCACUGAAAGUGUUUCAAGAACAUCUUGAAAUUGGAAUCUUUCGUUAAAUUUGUUGCUUCAGUGAGUCGCCGAGCUAUUUCACUUACACAUAAGUGUUUCACUUUAAACUUCAGGGAAAAAUAGCUCAUUCUAGCAAAUUCUGAAGGCACUGGAAUUUGCGCGACGUUGGCUUCCAAGGCAAUCACAGACUUAUCCUGCGUAGCAGGCCGAAUUGUUUUUGCGUGUGUUUUGACGCGUGUGAGAGGCACGGAUCUUCACGCAUUCUCAGUUUUGCUCGCGCUAAAUAACAAUCCUGCCGGCUACGUAGGCUAUGAGAGACUUUCAUUCAUGCAGAAAGCUGAUCACUACUCAUGUGGAUUAACAAAGAAAGAAACUGAAUGGCCUGUUUUUCAUGCAUAAAUAAGGGAGAUUUAAAACAAUGUUUUAAAUUUAGCCAAGUAAGAGCUAAAGCGAGGAAAUUUUCCACGCGUGUGCUACGCGCGCGAGGAACACGCAUGGGAAGAUAAACUACCAGGGCUGGAUGAUUUAAAGGAAAAAUUACUGGUAAAAUAAAGAAAUAUGAAAGCUUCUAUUCCAGGCACAAAGAAAGAGCUGAUGUAACCUUACUGCAUUGUGUAUAUGUGUUGCUACAAUUUUUUAAACACGGAAAUAGAAACCGGAAUUCGAAAAUGAAAGUCUAGCAUGAUGCAAUUAAUUAUGAAAUACCGAAUUACUACAAUCACAUGCAUACCUCGUUGGCAUGGCAACCACACAGAUUUUGAAAGAAGGCCUAAAACCUAGAAAUUAGACAUGAUGGGUGUAAGUUAAAAUUCCCUUCAAAAUCUGUAGUACUUUUACGUUAUUUAAUUUAUUUUAUAGCAGUUAUAUGCAGUGACUGUACCAGAUCAAAACGUCUUCAAAGGGCCAGCACGGAGAAGGCCUCUGGAAAAGUGGUUGACAUCUUGAAACAUCGUUGUGAAAAUUGUAUAAAAAGAAAACAAAAGUGGGGGACUUCCCGAACUAUCGAAAGAAAAAGUCAUGUGAUUUCGGAUUGGUUGGACAGCAAAUUUUUGGAAACUGCGUCAUAAGGCGUUUGCAAAAGAUGGCAAGACAUUCCUCAAUUACCAUCUACCUGUAAAACCUAUAAUAUUAAGACGAUACGCUCUAGACCUUACUAAAAACAUGACGGGCUAUUACACGAAAAUGCCUAAUUUGUAUAUCAGCAACGAAGCACAAAGUUUUGCGUUGGUUUCCCUCUCCUCCGCAGAGACCUCUUUGUGUUGUGGGAAGGCUGGGGAGAAAGAAAAAGAGAGCGCGCGGGGCACGAUGGGAAGGAGAACGAGAGAAGAGAGCUCCCGCUUCCCUGAGCUUCCCAUCGUUCCCCGCGCACUUUCUAUUUUUUUCGAUUAUUGCUAUUGUUAUAGGGAUACCCAGCGGGAGCCUCUGCGGAGGACAGAGCGUUGGUUUCAUCACGAAAAAAAAAUCUGCCUCUCUAAGAGUGACGAAAGCAUAACAACAAGCGAUGAAGAACACAAAGAAAUCCAGGCCCUUUUCAAUGGCGAAAUGCACACGGAAGUAAAAAAUGAUGAUGACGAUGAGCAUACAUUUUUGGAGUCUAAGAGCGGCGAGAAUUGGAAUCUUCCUCAAGAAGAA